GUUUCGGACGUUUGCAGACUAAGAUAAGAAUGGAGGGAGACAACCCAAACGAAUUCUACAAGGAUUGUAUGAAAAACCAUGCUGCAAGCCUAGGCAGCUACGCUACCGAUGGAUGUGGAGAAUUCACACCCGACGGUGACAGCCCUGGUGGCCUACAAUGCGAAGCCUGCGGCUGUCACCGGAACUUCCACCGCAAAGUCAGGGUCUUAGCCGACACUGGUAGAGCCGGUUACAGUUGUAACCGUGAAGGGGACGACACUGACAUGGUGGAGCUGAUCGAGUACAGUGGCGGUGGGGGCCAUACGCAGGUUAUGACUCCGGUGGAGUUGAAGGAGCUAGAAAGAAACGCGAAGAAGCGUGCUAGGACGAAGUUCACGGCUGAGCAGAAGGAGAAGAUGCUUGGUUUUGCAGAGAAGCUUGGGUGGAGGAUUCAGAAAGAUCAAGAUGCUGAGAUCGAUCGCUUCUGCAAAAUGAAUGGUGUGAGUCGACAGGUCUUCAAGGUUUGGAUGCAUAACCACAAGAACUCUUCAUCGUCUUCAUCAGCUUCCACGGCCACCACCGGCAAAGCCUCAUCCUCUCUUACUCAGUAGGAAGAGAGAGACUGAGAGAAUGAGAUUUUUCAAUUUUUAUUUUCAGUAGAGUAGUAUUUUUCAAUUUUUUUAAAAAAUAAUUUUAAGUCAAAAAAAUAUUUCUUUUUAGUAAUUUUGAGUGGUGAAGAUUUGAUUUGAGACCA